CCGAAGCGGAGGGUGGCGGCUGAGCGCACUGGGAGCCCGCGGGAGUCGGGGCAGUGGGGCCGCGGGGCGCGCGGGGCGGGCGGCGAGCGGAGCCGGCCGGAGCGGGCCGGGCAGCGGCCGCCGCCGUCCCGGAGCGCGCGCGCGGGCGGGCCGGAGGAUGGAGCUGAACUCGCUGCUGAUCCUGCUGGAGGCGGCCGAGUACCUGGAGCGCAGGGACCGAGAGGCCGAGCAUGGCUACGCCUCGGUGCUGCCCUUCGACGGCGACUUCGCCAGGAAGAAAACAAAGGCUGCCGGCCUGGUGCGCAAGGCUCCGAACAACAGGUCUUCACACAACGAACUAGAGAAGCACAGACGAGCCAAGCUCAGGCUCUACCUGGAGCAGCUGAAGCAGCUGGUGCCCCUGGGCCCCGACAGCACCCGCCACACCACGCUGAGCCUCCUGAAGCGCGCCAAGACGCACAUCAAGAAACUGGAGGAGCAGGACCGCAGGGCGCUGGGCAUCAAGGAGCAGCUGCAGCGAGAGCACCACUUCCUGAAGCGGCGCCUGGAGCAGCUGUCGGUGCAGAGCCUGGAGCGCGUGCGCACGGACAGCACGGGCUCCGCCGUCUCCACGGACGACUCGGAGCAAGAGGUGGACGUGGAGGGCAUGGAGUUCGGCCCCGGCGAGCUGGACAGCGUCGGCAGCAACAGUGACGUGGACGACCACUACAGCCUGCAGAGCGACGGCGGCUACGGGCCCCCCUGCCGGCGGCCGGCCCGCCCCGGCCUCUCGUAGGCCCGGUGCCCUCUGCUCCUGGGCCUGCCUGCCGCCCAGCCACGUACGCCAGCCCUCCCGCCCUCUCAGCCUCUUUGUGGGUCACUGCUGUGCCACUCGGGAAGCUCCCGCAGCUCCGGGGCUGCCGCCUCCCCGCCCGCCGGUCAGGGCCCACCUCGCCGCCCGCCCCUCCCAGCUGGGCAGGGACCCCCGCAGGGAGGCGGGCCCAGCUCCCGAGCCCUGGAGCCCAGCGUAGCCACCCAUGGUCUGUUCUCAGAUUCCUAAUCAUUCCAGAAGUAUUAAAUGUCGUUGCUGCAAACCUCGGCGGGCGCCGUGUGAGGGGCUUACUGACCACGUGGGCAGCUCAAACCCCACCCCAGGCCCCAGGAGGAAGGAGUGGACUGAGGAAGGAAGGAAGGAAGGAGUGGCUCUCCAUUCAUCUGUCCAUCUGUCCUUCGGUCCACGGAGGCUCCUGAAGCCUGGACAGAGAGAGCCAUGAGGCGGGACAUGGGUGAGCACCCUGGGCAGGGGGAGGGGAAGGGCCUUGGCACCCUGAGGGUGUGCGGAGCCCGGGCUGGGCUCCUGGGGCAGGCCAGGCCCCCCCCCACCCCCCGGGCAGCUUCGGCUUUGUUAGGUACCUCAGGUGUACACAUGCACGCACCUCGUCACGUCCACCCGCCUGCACACAUGCACACACGCACACACACAUGUGGCCUCCGGACCCGGAGGUGCCUGGGACCCAGAGGUCACCCGGGCAGCACUGGCCCUGCCUGUGCCCGGCUCCCCUCCCGCGCGAUGCCCUGCUCAGGCUGCACGGCGGCGUGCCGGGCCCAGGAGUGCAGCGCCGGCCCCGGACGGUCUGGUCUCCGGUUGUAAAGGGAGGGCGUGAGCUGGAGCGGCUCCCUGCCCAGCAGCCCGAGGCCGGAGAGGCUGCCGGGAGGCCGGCCUUGCAGAGAGAGGCGGCUCUGAGGACUCGGGCGGGGCUGCCGCGCCCUCUAUUUCCUGAACCAGAUUUUUGUACUCUAUUUUCCUAGUCAUGGCGCGCUGUUGCGGAGGGGGGGAGCGACCCAGCGUCUCAGGGACUGGUCCGUCUGCCACCACUGUCCGAGUGUGCCUUGUGUCCCGUGUCAGGCCCCACCCCGGCCACCACCACCAGCAUCUCCCUCCCCCGUGCCCGACAGGUGUCCUCCCGGCCCCUGCCCCUGCCCCAGGGCAGCCCUCCCAGCAGCCACCACCUCCUGGUCAGGGCUGCUUUCUGUCGCCUUGGCAGGAGGAGCUGUGACCGGGCCCCAGUGUCACCCUCCAAGGUGGCUCGCAGGGACCUGCUGUGCAGCUUGGCCUCCAGUCGGGAGGGCCUGCUCACAGAGACCUAGGGUCUCACCUGGACCCAGCUUGAACCCCCCCGGCCCCCCUGCCCGGGGCGAGGGCUCCGAUUCCGACAUUGGCAGCUGAUGAAGACAGUGUCCUCCCUGGGGGGGCAGGCCUGAGCAUGAGGCUUCUCCUGGCCUUUCGCUCUAAGUCCUCGUCCCCGGGGACGGCACAGCAAUACUCGGGGGCGGGCGGUGGGGCCGACCCACGGCGUGUCUCCUCCCUCUCCGGUGCAUUGUAACCACUUGCCAACCGCAUUUAUCUCCAGUCCUGCCGACAGGCACCCCCGCGUGGGUGGCCUAACCGAGGCAGAAAGGGGUCCCUGGAGACAUGUGUGUCUGGCACAGAACCUGCCCUCCGAGGCUCGGGAUGGUGGGCGCACGCGGGCCCGUGGGGUCGGGGCCGGGGUCAUAGGGAAACUUGUCCGCUGGCACCUCCUUCAGCUGAACCGGGCCCCCGGAGGCGUCUCCCGUCUGCCUGAGCGUGUCCACGGGCGUUAGGGCAGGAGCACCCGCAAGUCCGGCCCCGGGGACGGUCCUGACUUCUUACAGCAUCAGCUCCCCACCCACCCCUACACCUGUGGAGGCUCUGCUCCCGCCCCUGGCCUCAGCGUCCUGUCCCGUGACCAGCUGUGGCCCUCGGCCCGCCCGACUGGCAGCUCCACCCAUGGCCCCUCAGCCGUGGUGUCCACGUGGGCCGGAGGUGGCCUGGCUGACCGCCGGGGUGCUGCCCGCACCCGCAGAUGUGAGGGGUGGCCCUCGGGGCCAGGCCGGGUGCUAGGAGUUGCAUCCAUUGCCCUCCCUCCAGCUCCCUGCAUGUGCCCAGGCUGGCUUGGUGGGUGGCCGUGGUGCCCGGAGAGGGCCCUGCUGAGGCCUGUUGGGUGGCUAAGAGCACACCUCAGCGUUGUCCGGCCUCUAUAAAGCCGCCGUGACCAGCAUGGGGCCCCGGAGGUGCCUGCACCCUCUCCGUGUGCCCUCCCAUGCCCAUGUGGGCCACUGUGGCACUGGGUGGCUGAAAUCCUGGAACCCCAGGCCCAGGUUUGGGCCCCCACCCUUGUGCAGUGGCCCCCACACUCCUGGCCACCCCCCCAAGCGUAGGUCCAGCUGGCUGGGGAGGCUGCCGGCAGCUCCCCCUCCGAGCCUUGGCCCCUCUGCAUGUUCAGUGCAAGAGGCCCAGUGCCCGAGCCUCUGUCCUGGGCAGAUGGAGCCCUGUGCCCACCAUGGCCCCGAGGGCCCCCCUGUCUGCCCCAGAUAAUCCCCAUCUGCUGGGCGAGGCAGGCUCCCCCACUCCCUACUCCCUGCUUCUCUCUGGGCCAGCUAAGCGGGGCCCCCUCCCCCCCUCUGUGCAUAGAGGACUCUGAGCCCGGGCCACAUCCAGGGCACUAGGGCAGGUUCCGUGCCAGGGUCUGGGGCUGCCCAGGAAGCCUGGUGCUGGCCAGGGGGGCACAUUACAAGAUCCUCACUGGAGAGAGAGGGGUCACUCAUCCUCUGCUCACGGGAGGGGCUGUGCUGUACCAUUCUGUCUUUGUAAUAUAAAUACAGAUUUUUAUACCUCA